GAAACAACUCAAGACCGGGAACGGGUUGAAAAGCCUUAGGCUUUGGUCGAGAGGCAUGGUAUCGGUCGCGGUCUAGCCAAGACGGUAUGGGACAUUUUGGCCGGACUGUCUCUGUUAUUAUUCUGUAGCACUCUGGGUUCUUUCUAUUCAUAGAUCGAAUCGGGGGUGUUACAAAAGUUGGUAUCAAUCGGGGAUUGAGUGUAACCUUCCCUUUAGGACCUUAUCCAACGUUUCAGACUCAGCGCCUUCAAUUUCUCGCCGGCGGAAGAACAGAAUGGCGGGAAUAUCGACUUUCUCUGUAUAUUCAUCUCCUUCUUUGUGCAUAUCAUAUUCAACUACUUCAUCUUCAUCGCUCUCACUGUCUUUCUCGAAUCGAUCGGCGUUCCCUGUGCGGAUUUCUCCUCGAACCAACAGAUUUCCCGGGGUUUACUGUUCUUUGUCUGCCAAUGACAUCAAAGCCGGAACAAACAUCGAAGUCGAUGGUGCUCCUUGGCGUGUACUCGAGUUUCUUCAUGUCAAACCAGGGAAAGGCGCGGCAUUUGUGAGAACUAAGAUCAGGAAAUACGUCAAUGGUAGCACAGUGGAGAGAACAUUUCGUGCUGGAAUUUCUGUCGAAGAAGCAAAUGUAUUCAAAGAAACCAAACAGUUCACAUAUAGAGAAGGGUCUCAGUUUGUUUUCAUGGAUCUGAGCACGUACGAAGAAACACGUCUUAACGAAUCUGAUAUGGGUGAGAAGACGAGAUGGUUGAAAGAAGGAAUGGAAUGCAGUUUGCUGUAUUGGAAAGACAAGGUUAUCGAUUUCGAACUACCAAAUACGGUUAAGCUAAAAGUGGUUGAUGUUGAUCCUGGCCUUCGCGGUGACACUGUGCAAGGUGGAUCAAAGCCUGCGACAGUGGAAAUAGGAGCAGUAGUUACCGUACCACUCUUUGUUAACGUAGGUGAAGAAAUAUUGGUGGAUACUAGAACCGGUAUGUAUAUGAACCGAGCGUAACCGGGUCUACAUCUAAUUAAUUGGGUCUAAAAUCUAGAUCGACAAGGCAAAGAUGGAUUUUUUUUUGUUUGUGUAUACGAGGACAGAUGUUAUUUUAAAAGAAAUAAUAUUGAACACGAGAAGAC